AUGGCAGUGAAAAUAGUGGCUGUUAUCGUUCGCAAUCUUCGAAAGGCUGAGACGAAGAUUCUGGAGAAUGGCCACGGGAGCAUCGACCUCCUUACCGACAAGGACAACUACUCAUCACUGGUAGGGAAAUGAGU